UCCUGGGACAGCUGAGGAGAGCCAUCACCAUGAUCCCUGCACUGCUGUUGCUGGGUCUUUCAGCCCUUGUUGCUCCAUCCCUGAGUUACAGUUGCUAUGGUGAUAUAAGUGCUCUUCAAGCCCCCACGAUCUCCUGUACACCUGUAAGAGCCUCUGACUGUGCAGGAUAUGCCAUGAUACGGAGGACGGCUGAGGCAGACCUGCCACGCCUGAGGAGAUACGAGAUCCCAAUUAAGAGAGUAGCCAGAAACCUGUGCUUGGAUCCAGCACUCAUCGGUGCCAUCAUGUCCCAGGAGAGCCGCGUGGGCCUGCUCCUGGACAACGGCUGGGACCGCGCGCGCCAGAAGUACGGCCUGAUGCAGAUCAGCAGGCAGCAAGUGCAACCUUCUGUGACGUGGGAUAGUGAAGAACACAUAAAUCAGUGCUCAAAUAUCCUGGUUCUUUCCAUUAAUGAAGUACGGGCAAGACAUCCUACCUGGUCCUGGGACCGGCAGCUGAGAGGGGGAAUCUGCACCUACCAUGCCAGAAUGGGCAACGUCCAGGUCUACGAGGCAGACCCAUGCAGCAGCGACUACAACUACGUCAACAGCGUGAUUAGGAGAGCCCAGUACUUUAAAAGAAAUGGGUUCUAGGUCUCAAACCCACCCCACCACGGAGCCUCCCCUCUGCAGACUGGCCCAGCAGUGAUGUAGUACCCACUACAGCCCAGUGCUGUAGUACCCAGAGCAGUUCCUCAGGUCUCCUGGCAGGACCGAUGCUGGUGGCAUUGCCAAUGUCACCUUGCUCGCUUCAGCAAAUCCCAGCCCCCUGCUCACUGAUGGGCAAGCUCAGAACUGACUUGCAGGACAUCCCCAGGGAUGAGAUUCCACCAGCUCAGGGCCUUUGAAAGGCAGAUGGGGACACAUCAGCAAUGUUUAAAUUUUGAGUGAGGAAGGUGACUCUUCCUGCUAAAGCUGCACCCCAGGGCUGUUUGUGCAUCUCCCAGACGUGGACACAAACAGGUCUCCUUGGGCAUCAGCUGCGCUCCUCCCAUCUGCAUCCACCUUCUUUCCUCUCCAUGGCCAAAGCAGGGCAUGAAUAUCCUGUGUUCCUUGCCUUGGUGCUGCUGGCUAAGGAGCAAUGAAGAGACUUCUCUGCAGUAGCUGAGUGUUCCUGUAGCCAACCUUCAGGGGAACAAUAUUAAACAUCUUUGGUUGGUCUCCUGAAUCCAUGGCCAUGGUGCAGCUGGGGACCUCAUCGUGGCAUCUAUAUGGAAAAUACUGCAAAUGCCAGAGCAGGCAAAAUGAGCAGCUUUCCAUCAGUGAGCAGCCCUUGGAGCAGGAGUCAGCCCCAUACGUACCCACACCAGGAGCCAUAUCACAGCAAUAGUUUUGGUAAAAAACUCCACAGCCUUUCCUGUUUUAACUUUGGCAUAUUUAUGCUGAGGUUCCUCCAAAUUUAAAAGCAUUUCAGCAUCUGUCCCUGUGCCAGGAAUCCCAGUUUCUAAUAGAAGUGAAUGAGCUCUGGUCUGUUUGAAAGUGGAUGGGUCUCUUGGUGCCAACUUAUUAAUUAGAUAAUAAUAAUGAGAAUAAGACAGAAAUAAAGAUAAAUGUUAAAUCCCAA